AUGUAUAAAAUGGAAUAUUCUUACCUUAAUUCCUCUGCCUACGAGUCCUGUAUGGCUGGGAUGGACACAUCUAGCCUGGCUUCUGCUUAUGCAGACUUCAGCUCCUGUAGCCAAACCGGUGGCUUCCAAUACAACCCUAUAAGGACCACGUUUGGUGCUACCUCGGGGUGUCCAUCCCUUACCCCAGGAUCCUGCAGCCUUGGCACCCUCCGAGACCACCAGAACAGCCCUUAUGCAGCAGUUCCCUACAAGCUCUUCACUGAUCAUGGUGGAUUGAAUGAGAAAAGGAAACAGAGGAGGAUAAGAACGACUUUUACAAGUGCUCAGUUAAAGGAACUGGAGAGGGUGUUUGCAGAGACCCAUUACCCUGACAUCUAUACCAGGGAGGAGUUGGCACUGAAGAUAGACCUCACUGAAGCCAGAGUCCAGGUUUGGUUCCAGAACCGAAGAGCCAAGUUCAGAAAGCAGGAGAGAGCAGCCGCUGCAGCCGCCGCGGCAGCUAAAAAUGGUUCCGCGGGAAAGAAAUCAGAUUCCUCCCGGGAGGACGACAGCAAAGAUACAAAGAACACCGACCCAGAUAGCACCGGGGGCCCAGGAAGCAACCCAAAUCCCACCCCUAGCUGCGGAGGUGGCCCCAGCCCUACAGGGGUUCAAGGAGGUGGAGGCCCUUCAGAACAAGGCAAAGCAGGGGUGCAGGGAGCUGGGGGUCUUGCAUCGUCAGGAGUUGUGGGGGGCACAGGUGGAGCACAAGGCUGGGCAACUGGCCCAGGGGGCACCAUCACUUCCAUCCCUGACUCCUUAGGAGGCCCCUUUGCCAGUGUUUUAUCUUCCCUGCAAAGACCCAACAGCACCAAAGCCACUCUUGUCAAGAGCAUGUUCUGA